GAAGAGAAGAAGCAGAACAUCCGAACUUGAAAAGAAAUGAUGACCGAGGGCCGGGAGGAUCCCUGAGAAGGGUCCCAAGGAGAGGAGCGUGUUUGCCAGCCCGCCACCAUGUACUCCACAAGCCUGAGAACCAGGCAACUAAACAACACCUGUGUCAGCCCAAUGGACAUGGAAUUCUUCCUCCAUUACUCCCUCAUCCCAUCAAUCUUCAUUAUUUUGGUCUUGUCCUUCCUCCAAAGACAAAAGCACUGCAGACAGAGGGAUGACGCUUCUCACCUCCUGGGGAAGCACUUUGGCAUCAUCCUGCCUCUGGACUUCGUGGGCAUGUUUAAUAACCGGUGGUCCUACGGAAUGGCCUUUGGGGCCACGGCCAACAAAGUCAUGUUCUUGUUCUCAGAAGGCUACCAGCCCCUACAGGCCCCAAAGUGGGCCCAAGCUAUGGUGCUUCUGGUCGGAGGCCUUGAGGUUGGCCUGUCCUACUUCCCCUUCUUCGCCUGCCUCUCGUCAGAGUCCCGGCUGGUCAGUGCCAUCCUCGGCUUCAGCUACUCUCUGAUAUGGUUUUCUGUCACCAUCCUUCAUAUCACACAGUGUCCCCAUGGGCAGUUUAUAGGGAGGUAUGAGAGCAUCGUGUUCUACUGGCCUUCCCUGCUGUGCCUCACCUUCCUGCUGGGCCGCUUCCUGUACAUGUUCAUCAAGUCUCUGAGGGUCCACCUGGGCUGGGAGCUCCCGACUGAAGAAAAGCCUUUCCUGGAAGCUCACCAGGCAGAGCACGUCAAGCUGCUCCUGAGGAAGCCCCCUCUCCAAGAGAGAACGAAGUCUUGGUUCCAAACCAGGAUUUAUGAAUGGGACCCCUGCUUUCAGUUCCCGAGCAGAAUGAUUGGAACCACUGUGCUGGCUUUCAUCUGUCUGUACCUGUUCAUUGUCAUUGAGUUCUGCGUAUUCACGCAUGUGAGAGAGGAGCUGGAUCUGUUUGAAGGCAAACUGGACAGCCACAUCGGGCCCCCGAACGACACAGGGAUCCUGACCCCCGUCAUCCUGCAGGUGAAAGAGCUCAUCAGUGUGGCCAAAGGAGUCUGGGUGGUGACUAUUUUGCCUGCCUCCCUCACGUGUGUGAACUACCUGUUCCACAUUUUGGCCUGUUACAGAAAGCACAUCAAGAGGCUGUGGUCUGGAAACAAACACUUCCUUCCUGUGACGCUACGCAGCCUGUCCUCCUCGGAGAGCGUGGUGGCCAUAGCAAGGUAUUCUGGGUGGCAAAUAGCCUAUAUCCUGUGGGGUUACCUCAUCAUCCACGUGAUGCAGAGCCUAUGCGGCAUGAUGCUCAUGUACAGCCUGGUGCUGCCCAUCACCCACAGCCGGGGCCUGGAGGUGCUGCAAGGCCUGGGCAUCGGGAUCCUCACCAUCACCAUCAUCGUGGGUAUCAUGAUCCUGCAAGUGUGGAUCGCUGCCAGCUUCUUCCUGCAGCCAAAGAUGACCUCAACGGACAAGCAGAAGCCCCUGGCUCUCAACAACAGGAAAGCAUUCCACAACUUCAACUACUUCCUGUUCUUCUACAACGUGCUGCUGGGGCUGGGCGCCUGCCUCUCCAGGCUGCUCACCAGCUGCAUCCUGGGCACGUGGCUGAUUGCCCGCAUCGACAGGACCAUCAUGCAGAAAGGCUAUGAGAGAGCAGACAUGGGCUUCAGCACGUGGAUCGGCAUGCUCUACGUGGACCAUUACCACACCAACCCUGUGCUGGUCAGCUUCUGUCACAUCCUGAUAACCGGCCACCGGGAGAGGAAGCUGCAGCGGGUCAUCAAAUGCUGGUACCUCAACCAGUCGGCAGGUCCCCGGGUGUCGGCUCGGUCCAAGACCAGGUGGCUCCUGUUGCAGACUCUCAUCAACAACCCCAGUCUCGUCCAGCUCAGAAAAGCCCAAGGGCGCGGCAGCCGAGCGUGUGCUCAGAUGCCGUGGCCAUCCUCUGAGAGCUGACCCUGGCCCUGGCACCUGCUGCCAGGUCAGGCCAGCUCCUCUGGAAGACAGCCAGGGUGGUGGGAAACUGUCCCUGCAGAGAGGUGGGAUGGCACUCGCACUCAGUGUGCAGGUGGCUGAAGUGCCAGCCAACCACGGGGAGUGGGCUACCUGAAUUCUCCAUCGACGAGAUCACCCUCUUGGUUUGAAACAAUGAGAAAGAAAAAAAAAGACCCAAAACCAAAGAAAAGUUCUGUUGAACAAGUUUUACCCAAUAGCGCUUCCGCUGUGCGUGGUGGGGACUUGGUCUUGGGACUCAUGUGACAAAGACCCUGUGUUAGUGCCAGUUGACUAGAGAAACAAAUCCAGAGACAUUCAUAAAGGUGUCAGAGAGAACUUUA